AUGCGCAUCACGUCUCACCUCGUCGCCGCGAGCCUGUGCUUCGGCAAGGGCCUGGCCAGGCCCUCUUCUGCGCCGCCGCAGUAUGUGGGAUACCUCGUCUCCACUUUCAGCGACCCGAAUCCUCAGGUGCAGUGGCACUUGUCGGAGGGUAAUGAUGCCUCUCGGUUCCGGUUCCUCAACGGCGGGAAAGCUGUUCUCACGUCCAAUGUUGGGACCAAGGGCGUCAGGGACAUCUUUCUCACCACCAACUCGGAAAGAACCGAGUACUUCACCAUUGCCACCGAUCUCGACAUCAAUGCCGAGGGCUUCUCGUGGUACCAAGCGACCACAAAGGGGAGCCUGGGCCUCGUCAUCUGGUCAUCGAAGAACCUGGUCGACUGGUCUGAGCCGUCCCUGAGGAUCAUCGAGGAUCCAACCGGCGGCAUGGCCUGGGCGCCGUCCGCCGUCUGGGACGAUGAAACGCAGCAGUACUUUGUCUUCUGGGCCUCGCGGCACUACGCAGCCGCGGACGCGGAGCACGCUGGCCCAGCCAACCUCGACCGCAUCCGCUACGCCACGACGCGCGACUUUGUCAGCUUCAGCAGGCCGCGGGACUACCACGCCCUGCCUGACACGCCGCUGAUCGACCAGGAGUUUCAACAUCUUGGCGCCCCAGGCGCGUACGCGCGUUUCCUGAAGAACGAAACGGUCAAUCAGGUGUAUCAAGAGACGACGACGGACGGCCUCUUCGGCACUUGGACGCGGGUGCCGGGAUACGUGCGGCCCGAGAGCCCGUUGGAGGGCCCGGCCUCCUACGCCGAUAACCUGAUUGCUGGUCGCUAUCACCUCUUCCUCGACAACUAUACAGAGUACGUCCCUUUUGUGACGUCGAAUGUUGCCACUGGCGUCUGGGCGCCGGCGUCGAGGGAGGGCUUCCCGCGCGGCCUGAAGCACGGAAGCGUCACGCCUUUGACGCAGAAGGAAUAUGACGCCGUGGCUGCUCGGUACCCUGCCUGA